UGCGAUAAAUCUGAUAGUAUCCAAUAGUAUUCCAUUCAGGUUUCUACAAUCGCUAUUGUCACCAUAGUCUCUUCACGACACACUUAAUAGAUUUCGAUAUUACAUCCCGAAACCCAUCAGAAAGACACACGAAUUUCCUCCCAUAAACGAAGAAGGAAAACCAAAAAGGACAAUCGCUGAGAGUUUCAACGCUUCAUGUGCGUCUCGAGUAUGAGCAGGACCUCCACCAUGACCGUCGAAGAAGAGGAGCUGUCCGGGGCCCAGGUCCUCCAGCCCACGACGCGCAUCUCGCCCCUGUCCUCCUUCAGCCGCGUCCGCUUCAACUCCAUCUCCGAGUUCCGCCCUUCCGAAAUGCACAAGUCGCGCUCCGCCGGCGUCCUGGGGGUCUUCUCCCACGACACGAUCUCCCGGCAGGAGCUGGAGACGCUCGUCGACGGCAAGAGGAAGGAGCCCACCAAGGUCACCAAGGCGCAGAUCAAGGAGUACGCGCAGAAGUACAAGAACUUCCAGUCCGACGAGAAGAAGGAGAGCUCGCCGUGGUACAAAGAGAUGUUCGAGCACACGCAGCCCGCCCACCUCAUCGCCAUGGUCGCCGUCGUGUACCUCGCCUUCCGCCUGUUCCCCGACUCGCGCCGCCAUGCCACGGAGGCGUCGACUCUCACGCGCCUCCUCUACGUGGCCGCUGUCAGUACCGUCUUCGGCAGCCAAGUGUGGAUGACGUUCGUGUCUGGCUUAGCUCUCUUUUUCUCCGUGCCGAGACAUGUGUUUGCGCAGGUGCAACAGGUGUUAUUCCCGCUCUAUUUCUUGUGCAACGCUGUGCUGAUGCUCGUCGCCGUAAUUACGUACACACAGCACCACCCGACGCACAUGUGGGACAACCAUCAGCUCAUGCAGGGCGGGAUCCUCGUGGGCAGCUUCCUGGUUAAUCUGGGCAUCCGGCUGUACCUCGCCCCGGUCCUCACGCAGCUGAUCACUGUCAAGAUCGCCAUCGAGCGCGAGGCCGGCCUGGGCCAGGAGAUCGGCACGAACCGUCCGGGGCGCCUCGCUCACUGCCCGCACUACAUGAGACUCUACCGCGCCUUCCGCAGGACGCACAUGAUCAUCGCCGUCGGGAACAUGGUCGCUAUGGCCGCCACGUCGCUCCACCUCUACUACCUCGCCACCAAACUGUGCUCAGUGCAUUUAUAAGCCUUGGGUUGGAUCUGCUCUUGAGGAGGAGGAAGGAGCAGGAGAAGUAAGGAGGAGGUAGAAGACGUAGUUAUACGUGGGCCGGAGAAUGGGCGUGGGCAGGACUCGGCUCGAUUUUGAGAGAGCGACGGUCAUUUCGGAGAUAUGUGGCAGCAUUUCAGGCGAAGAGAUCGUCGAGAGAGAAAGGAGGUGACAGAGACGAGGGUCUGGAAAGUCCAAUCAGGCGGGGGAUCAUCCAUUGGAUAAUAACAUCUUUUCACUUCUCUCUCUAUCUAUCUAUCUCUCCAACUCUCUGUCUCUCUAUAUAUAUUUAUCUAUCUAUCUAUCUCUAUAUCUGUCUGUCUGUCUAUCUCUCUCUCUCUGUCCAUCCCUCUCGCGCUUUCUAUCUGUCUGUCUAGCUAUCUAUUUUUCAUGUCUAUCUGUUAAUCUUGUUCAGUUUCUCCGAAAUAUGUCCGCCUUCGUUUCGAUUUCUCUCUUUCUCCGUUUUGUGUAACAUUUCCCACAUCUCUAUCCCUCGCCUUAUCCCCCCCCUCCCCCCCUCCUUCCUCUCUUCGCCCCAUAAUCCUCCUUUCCUCACGCCCUUCUCCUUCCCCCCUCCCCCCCUCUUCGCCCACUCAUUCAUCUGUCACAAUUCCCUCUCCACCCCCACCCCACCCUGUUUUCAAGGAACCCGCGGGGGAGAGAGGCGUGAGGUAUUGUCCUCGUGUCACUGGCUAACAGACAUGUGACACUGACAAACUCUCUCUGGCGACGAUUGUUCAUGUCUUGCGGGUUUUUUUUUAUCUCUCGUUUCUUUUUUGCGUUUCUUCACGAGACUGAAGUUCCUACUUGACGAAUACGUAUGGGGUUAUAUUUAUGUCAUGGCAUCUCGUGAUGAAGAUUAGAGAGGUAAAGAAUAAGAGAGAGAGGGGGGAGAGGGGGUGCUAAUGGUAAAGUAAGAGAGAGAAAGAGGACGGGAGAUAAGGAUGGCAAAGUGAAAGAAAGAGAAAAUUAGAGAUAGAAGAGAAAAGAACAGAUAGUGAGGUACAUGAGAAAAGUAGAUAAAAGAAAAUAGAGAGAAUGAGAGCAAGUGAACAUGAUUCAUCCCCAGUGAUGCCUAAAUCUCUCUCUCGAACUUGACAAAAGAAAACGAAUCUCUAAACUAAAGCAAGAAGCAUUUUUUUUUUCUUCUUUUUUCUGUUUUUAGAAUGGCAGUCGUUGCUUUAGAUGUAUUCUGAUGGAAAAUAUUAAUCUGAGAAGAAGAGGAAAAUAGAGGUUUCUUCCCACAAAGACACCGUCUCAAGAAAUCAUAGACCUUUUGCUAUGCCCUUGGCUUAGAGGACAUGUUCAGGACACGUUUAAGCAAAGUGCGAAGCCCUCGGGUUUGGUGGCACGACCCUGAGGUCCUAUCCCCUCCCGCGGGAAAUGUGAUGCUUUGAUAAUCGUGAUAAAUCACCAUAGCGUAUGUGGUUUUAGAUAGGGAAUGAGGACUCCCCUUGAAUGUAUAAAUGUUUAGCAAAGAAAGGUUUUUGUUAGAAACCUUCUUUGAACUAAAAGGGCAUUAAAUAGUCCUUUUCAGUCUCUUCCAAGCGAAGAGAAUUUGUAUACUGUAUUAAUUAUUGUAAUUUUCGCGUGUAUAAUUACGCUGAGUGUUUUGAUAUUCAGUACAACAGGUGUUUAACUUGUAUUGUUCCUAUUCGCUCUGGUAUGUUUCUUCCUUAUAUUUAUUAAGUGAAAAUUAAGUGAGUUUGUUAUCACUUUAAACAAAUAAAAUGAA